GCCGGGCGCGAGAGCUCGGAGCGGAGGAGAGGCUUUCAGACCGGAGCCAGACCUGAUCCAGAUCAGAUCCAGAUCAGAUCCAGAUCAGAUCCAGACCUGACUCAGAUCAGAUCCAGAACGGACUCAGAGCUGAGCCAGAGCCAGACCUCACUCAGACCAGGUCUGGACCGGAGCUGGAUCCACAUCCAGACCGGAACCAGAUCCAGACUGGAUUCAUAUUGGAGUCAGACCGGAUUAAGAGCAGGUUCAGACCAGAUCCUCCUGGGACCCUCGGACUGGUUUCUCCUCGGCCUGGUUUCUCCUGCAGCUCCAAGAUGAGCAGCCUGAGCGCGGCGUGUCAGGAAGCUUUCGGUCGGAGCAGCUCAGACCCGGUGGAGGACAUGGACACCACCAGCUUCCUGGCAGAGUUUUCCCUGGAGGCCAACUAUCCGGUGCAGGCCACAGAUCAUCAUGCAGACGCCGUGACCCUCCACCUGAGCUCCAUGCCGCCUGGGUACCUGAGCCCCGCCUCGGAGGACAGAAUCAGACAGCCGGUGGAAGACGUGGAGGACUGCUGCUGCCCGACGUCCACGUCGCCAGAUUACCCCAAAGAGCUGCAGAUCCUGAAGUGCUGCUGUUCAGCGCCGCCGCCCAAGAUCAGCGACCUGAUGGACGACAAAGACCUGCUGGACUCGCUGCGGCUCAAGCUGGACCCCAGCCACUGCACCAUCAAGAACUGGAAGAACUUUGCCAGCCGCUGGGGCAUGAGCUAUGACGAGCUGACCCUGCUGGAGCACCGGACGCAGGGCUCCGUGUCCCACAGCCCCACCCAGGAGUUCCUGCUUCGCUACAACCAGAAGACGGUGGGCGAGCUGACCGAGCUGUGCCGCCUGUACCAGCGCAUCGACGUGCUGCGGCUGCUGCAGAGCUGGAUGGAGAAGGACUGGCCGUCGCGCUGGCAGCAGGCGCGCUGAUGGCAGGGCGGGGCGGGCGGCUCUUUGUGUAACUGUGUAAAUCAAAAUUUGAGUCAGAUUUUUCUGGAGGGGGGUUCCUGUGUAACGGUCUGAACCACCGGGUGCUACUGGGGUUGAUCCAGUGAUGGAAACAUGAUCAAUAUCCUCAUGAGAAAAGGGAAAAAGUUCUUUUAAUAAAUUUAUCAGUCAAUGCGGCGGUGACCUCCAGGAGAGUGAAGGUUCCCUGAUUCGAACCCUGAGCUGAACCUUUGACCCCCAGGAGCUGGGGCCAGCAUGGACUAAAUAAAUGACCGUUUUAUUUUUAAAGGUAAAAUAAUAAAUAAAUAAAUGCCUUUUGACGUGG